AUGAGGAGCUUCUCUUACAGCCAGAAGACUAAUUCCAUGAACCGGUCCGGCAGGAGUGGGGUGAGGGUCCAGAGCCCCUCCCCAACCCGCUACCGCUCUCACUCGACCGAGUCCCAGGUUUACUAUGGCUCCUGGGGCAGAUCAGGAGGCUGCUUGGCCAGGGCGACUGAGGCCGGCCCGGAGGUCCGAACCAACGAAAAGGAGGAGAUGCAGCAACUCAACAGCUGCUUGGCCGGCUACAUUGACAAGGUGAGGGGUCUGGAGCAGCGCAACUCCCAACUGAGAGAAGAUUUGGCUGGUUUGAGGUCCAGGUUCAAGGUACCCCAGGGGACAAGGGAUGAGUACCAGCAGCAGUUCAAGGAACUGAAGGAGCUGAUCGAGAGGCUGACGCACGAGAAAGGAAUGGCAGAGAUCGAGGCCGGCAACACCGAGGAGGAGAUCGACUACUGGAGGCUGAAAUGCCAGGAGCAGCUCGACCUCAAAGAUGAAGCAGAGAGGAUCCUGAGAGAAUUUCAGAAGGACGUGGAUGAUGCCACAUUGCAAAAAGCCGACCUGGAGAGAAACAUCGAGCAGCUUGUAGCAGAGAUUGAAUUCCUGAGAAAGAUGCAUGAGGAAGAGGUGACUGACCUGGUCCAUCAGAUUGAGGAGUCCAAUGUCUCGGUGGAACUGGACUCAGCCCGUCCAGAUCUGGGGGCUGCCUUGCGUUCCGUUCGAGUUCAGAUGGAAGAGAUUUCUGCCAAGAACCUCAGGGAAGCUGAGACUUGGUACAAGAGCAAGUUCAAUAGCCUCCAGCUGCACACUACCAAGUUUGACGAUCAGAUCCAGAGCACAAAGGGCGAGAUCAGUACCCUGCAGCAGCACGUUGUGGAUCUGGAGAGCGAGAUCAGCACUCUGAGAAGCGCCAUCCAAUGCCUAGACAGCCAGCUAGAGGACAUGGAGGCCAGUCACCUGGAGAAAGUAGCAAGCCUGCAGGACAUCAUCGCCCAGCUGGAGUCCCAACUGCAAGAAACUAAAUCUGAGAUGGCGUAUUAUUUACAGCAAUACCAGGACCUGCUCAAUGUCAAGCUGACACUGGACGCUGAGAUCGCCACCUAUAGGAAGCUGCUGGAAGCAGAGGAGGAGCGGCUGGGACUAUCGAACGAGAACUCUGCAGGUGCAUCAUCUGCAACACGAGAGAAGAAAACAGAAUCCAUUGCUCAUAAUGUAGAAACCCACAUGGCUCACAAAGCUACCGCCUAA